AUGGGUCGUCACAAGAGAUCUAGAAGCCGGGAUCGUUCGAACGAGAGGACUUCCAAAAGAUUGCGUAAAUUGGUAGACAACAUUGAAGAUAUUAUGUCGGGUCUCGCUAUGAUGAGCGAACUCAUUUCAGCACAAAAUGCUCCUGCAUCGGUGCCGCCUGAGACAAUUGCACCAAACCUUGAAGAUACCGAUACUCGGGUGAAUGAUUUCGAGAAUACAAAUGUGAAGAAUCCUGAGGUUUCAAAGGACACCGAAGAUUCUGCAGCUCAGGUCACUCCAGACAGUGAAACAGGAAUUCAGAACGAGAGUACCCCAGGAAGUGGUGAUUCUCAUAAAGAAGUUGCGAAGGAAUCAUCAUCAUCAGAGGAAGUUGAGGUUCCUUGGGAGCUAGAUGCUGAUGGCUUGCGUAUCUUCGGGGAAGAUCCUGUCCUCAAAGAACCUGAGUUGGUUCUGCACUCCAGUGUUACAGCACGCUGGAAGAAAUACCUGUCAGAUGGCUUGACCAAAGAGGUAAAAGAUUCUUUAUUGAAAAAAUACCCUAGAAAGGGUAAAUUGUCAAUCGAGCCACCGAUUUUAAAUGAUGAGGUGGCCGUAAAUUUAAAAGAAUCAGCCCUGAAGACGGAUAAGUAUUUCUGUUCAACACAGAAGCUUGCUGGAUCUGCUCUAGCUGCAUUGGCCCCAGUAAUUGAGUCUUUAGCGCCUCUGAGGGACUCAAAUCAUGUUAAGAAUCUGGAGCAAGUUUGGAACGCUGCGAAGCUAUUGAUUGAGAUCCACAGAUCUCAAACAGUCGCGCGUAAAGCUUGCAUCUUGCCUACCCUAUCCAAGCAAUGGGCAACAGCGCUUGAAAAAAGAGUAACUGAUGAUUAUUUGUUUGGUGAAAAAUUGGUAGACAAAGUUAAGGAGAUCAAGGCCAUUAGUAAAGUAGGUGAGAAGAUGAAGUCAGCUCCUGUUAAGAAGGCGUUCACAACACCAGGUCAUUUAAAUGCGAGGAGCUCGUCGGGUGAAAAGAAAUCAUUUGCUCCGGCGAGCAGGAAAACAACAACAACAGCAGCAACAGCAGCAAAAAAACCACUGACUUCCAGGAAACAAUCGGCAACAUCAGCGCUCCCAGAAUCAUUAGUCACCAAGCGUAAUGUAAGUACUUUUGCGGGUCGUCUGCAACAUUUUGUGAAGGUUUGGGAGUCGAUCACUGAGGAGAAGGUUGUCAUUCAGACAGUUAAAGGGUAUAAAAUACCGUUUGAGUCAACUCCUUCACAGACUUACCCUCCACUGCCUAGAGCAUGGUCGGAACAAGAGUCAUCCAAAUUAAAGCCUGAGAGGAGAUGUAAAUAUUUAGGUUUUAUUUUAGAUUCAAUUACAAUGAGAAUUGAACUUCCUCAGGAGAAAAAUAUUGCGGUGCGAAUGCAGAUUGGAAGUCUUAAGGCAAAAAAGAUGUUAAAAAUUCGUGAUUUUGCUAAGGUUGUUGGAUCGGUGGUGGCUUGUUGUCCUGCAGUCGAGUACAGUCUGUUACACUGUAGGUUGUUUGAGAGAGCAAAAAUCCAGGCUUUGAAUAAAAGUGAUGGUUGUUUUGAUGCGCUCAUGGCAAUACCAAAGUUUGACGAUGGUAUUGGGAAUAGUACAUUGAACUCCGCUAGAGCAGCAUUGUCUUUAAUAUCGAGCGAGGAUGUUACAAACAAUCAGCUGAUAAGCCGUUUUAUCAAAGGAUCCUCGAAGAUAAGGCCCAGUUUGCCGAAAUACGAAUCUACGAGGGAC